GUUUUAGGCCAUCUGUGUUUCCAGAAAAUGCCCCCCCAAGAGGACUCAAUUGGCGCCCGUCCCCGUCCCUCCUCAAUCUGACAAUCCCUGCGUCGUGCGGCUGAGGUGCAUAUCGGGCGGGGCACCGCUGCCCGACAAGGCUGCGUCUGCACAUUUCCCCUCCUCACCGCCUCUGCUGCUCAUGUCCUCCCACUGAGCAGUUCUUUGUGGAAACAUCCGCUCGAAGUCGAUUCUCGCGAAUCCUCUCGCUUCUUCUCAUGGAUAGUUCCAUAGCAGAUGGUCCCACAGUAGGCCCCGAUGAUUCGACGAGCAAGCUUCUCGCCGAGGUUGGUCGCCUCAUCCGGCAGCAGGAGAGACUAAUCGCGCUCAUUGAGCAAAACUCGGUCCCCGCUGGCGAUUACAAGCCUCCCCACGAACAACCCGAGCCGGUGAUCCGGGAGGUCACGCCCGCGCAAGAAGAGCAACCCGACGACGGGAAUCCACCGAGUGACGGGAAAUCGGCUCCUUCUGAGGUUGCAUCAUCAGCUCCGGAGGAUGCGCAGCUUGAAACGGGCGACGACGAAGAUGCAGCCGCUGCAUUCUGGGACCGGGUCACCGUUACGGAGGAGUCACUUAGUGGCUCUAUGGAUCGAUUCAUGAGCUGGCUGAAACACGUCGCUCGGUGGCAGUCCGGAAAGCAAGGGACUGGACUAGCCUUGCAAACGGACAGUUUGACUGAGCUGCCUGGUCUCGACGAGGAUCCCUCUUUGGACGUCCUGAAAUUCUUGAGAUCCAGCAUCCCAAGUUCAUGGCCCAAGCCUGGGUGGGCGCGAGAAGCCCUGGAUUCGCAAAAGAAUUCAGGCCGCUUAAUAACCCAAGAUUUAUUUUCAACUUCGGGUUGGUCUCUGGGACGUAACCAGCUCAAACUCAGCUAUUCGUGCUCCAACGACGGGAUAUUUGGGCCUUCUAGUCCAGAGUUCGCUUCUCCCGAUGAGAUUCUAUGUGUCAUCCAAUGCAUUGUAAACCCUUCUUGGCUUAACGAUGCAGUUGGAUUUAUUGGAUUCGACUCGAUCGCGGCAAUCUGGAACGCCUUGGGAGUCCACCCAUGUUUAUGCUGGGACAAGGACUGGCACAGAAGCGGAUGGGCGAUAGAUUUCCUGGAUUUCUUCAAGUUCAGAUGCCCGCAUGACUUCUUAUUCCGCCACGCCAGGCCCUGGUCAACUAUUACCGAUCGAAGACACUGUGCAUCCCGACGCUCUAUACUUGAACCGCAGAUUGAGCACACGUAUCAGAUUAAUUUAUGCGUCUUUAUCACGGCCGAUUCCGAAAGUCUUCCGCCCACAGGUCCGGCGCUGCGUGGCAUUAGAUGCGAGCGAGAGGUGGGCACCCUCUCCUUCAUGGGUAAUUCCUUUCUGAUAGCGGAGAGACAAAACUCCCUGGCACUAAACCUUGUCUUGGACGAGGGAUCCGUCGACAGGUCUGUUGUCGUUGUUUUGGCUGAUGUGUGGAGUCCCCGUCGGCGGGGAGAGUCUCCCGAAGACAGGGUUCACAUGAAGCCCUCCCGUAGACUCUGUGGUCUCGUUCAUUUCCUUCGAUUACUUUGUCGUUAUAUUCAAGACUGGAGGAGAAACUGGGCGACCACAAUCUCGCGGAUCGAGGCCGCCCUCAUCGUCAAGGUCCCAGAGGUUCUUCAUACCGAAUCUCGGAAGACGCUUAUGUACGAUGAUACCAAGUUGCAACGUUCCGAGUUCUACUUCAGCUUGUUACAGCUACUUCGCAUAUUUUCCGCAUACAUUCGGCGGAACCUAGAUGACAUGAAGACCGAGAAAGAGGUGUUUUUGGAAAAGCUGAAGAAAGAGCUGGUUCGACACGAGCAAGACUUGGCCGAGUAUAACUGGACUCAGGUCAUGGAAUUCGCCGACGACUGUGGAAGAGAGCUUCUCGAUCGAAUCACGAAAAAGAUCGAAGAGAUCGAGAGUCUUCGAGACGGAUUGUUCAACGCGCAAUCGGUCAAGGAAGCCGUUACAGGGACGCAGAUAAACCGGUACCUGCUCGUCUUCACCCUAGUGACUCUACUCUUUCUUCCACCAAGCUUCGUUGCGACGUUUUACGGAAUGCAUCUUUUCGAUAUUCAGGACGAUCCCCCUACCACACAGCACCAGUUCUGGCUCGUCCUUGGAUCUGUGUCGGGCGCCACAUACUUGAUUGCUGCCCUCUCGCUCUCCGGAAUCCAUCGGAGCGACAAGGUAAGGGGCUGGCUUGCUCAAUGGCUGGGGCUGGGGCUGGGGCGGAAGCCUCGCAGCCCAUCCGCCUCCCCUCGCGCGCCCAAGUCAGAUCCAAAAACGUCAGCGAUGGGAGGCCAACCAGAAAAGGCUGGCAACAUGAAGGGCUCGACCGGACUUCGCCUUCCAAAGGGCAUUCUAGGCUCGGUGCUGUCGAAACGGAAGCCGGGUGGCCAACGAGGCGCAGACGGUGACAACGAUAUGGAGGCACAGAUGAGUGGCGGCAAUGGCAAGUAAAGGCAGAUUGACAUGCCUUUGGCCGGUGUACGCUAGCCUGCGUGACGUGGCUUGUUGAUGGUUUGCAAGAUGGAGGUGGAAUUUCUACUUACAUUAUUGCCGCAAAGCGUCGGCCAAGACUUUGGUGGUUGGAUUUUGGAAAUCGCCGAAUACGCGUAUUCAGUGUGGUGAGCCCUCCAAUACGACAGACAGUGUUUGGCAAGACAUCUUUCUCGGAU